GUCACGAACCAGGAACUGGAGUACAGAGGAUUGACUGAGGAAUCACAACAGAGGCGCUGCUGUAACAGCUUUAGCCCGUGUCACUGUGUGUGUGUGUGAGUGUGUGUGUGUGUGUUGUUAGUGAGACGGAACAUGUCGAGAAAAGCCAAAGACGAAUAUUACCGCUUCUUUACCGUUAGCGACCCACGCACACAUGAGAAGGGACACACGGAGUAUAAAGUGACAGCACGGUUUGUGUCCAAGCGUCAUCCAGAGGAUGUGAAGGAGGUGGUUGUGUGGAGGAGGUUUUCAGAGCUGAAGAAGCUUCACGGGGAGUUGGCCUAUACACACAGGAACCUGUUUAGACGACAGGAGGAGUUUCCUCCUUUCCCCCGUGCACACGUUUUUGGAAGGUUUGAUGAGGCUGUGAUAGAAGAAAGAAGAGAGGCGGCAGAGGCCAUGCUUUCGUUCACUACCAGGAUCCCUGCACUCUACAAUAGCCCCCAAAUGAAGGACUUCUUCAGGGGUGGUGAGGUCACAAGACCUCUGGAUCUAAGUAACACCCUGUCCUCUACUGGGCCCCUGCCUCCUCCUCUCAUCCCUCUCCCCAAGCGGAGGGCGUCAGACUGUGAGCCUGCAGAAGAGGAGGAAGGAAAGGAGGCUCCCACCUUACCUCAGGAUCUAGGCACCAACCUGGGUUUAGAAGUGGGAGAACCCGAGGUGGCGGCUGAGGCUUACAGUGAGGUGGGAGGUUCGCCGAGAGGAGAAGAAGAAGAAGAAGAAGAAGAAAAAGAAAGAGAGGAGCACAGCGAUGUAGAGUUGGAUGACAGAGUCCCAUCUCCUGGUUCAUCUCCAGCCAGAAACCACAAAUCACAAGAAUUACAAGAGGAGUUUGAUUUACUCUUUGACUCUGUGGCAGAGGAGCAGGUCCCAUCCCCAAAGGACAAAGAUCCUCCCCCUCUCACUGAUAAUGACAUGGCUGUUUUUGAUCCCUGCUAUAAACAAGAUAGAUCCAGUUCCUCCAGUGACCUCUCAGAACUGGUCUCUCUGCACCCAACCUGUUUAGAGGGAGGGGACAUGGGAUAUCUGAACCAAGCAGCCACUGAGCUAAUAACUGCCAUGGAGAGCGAGAAGGAGGGAGAAUUUAGCUCUGCUAUUCGUGGAUACCGGGCAGCGGUGGAUAUACUGAUCACCGGAGUACAAGGAGAGCCAGAUCCAGUGCGCAGGGAGUCCGUGAUGAGAAGGACCGCACAGUAUCUGGAACACGCUGAGAUGCUGGUGGACAGACAUUCCUCACCCACCAACUCUCACACAUCCACACGCACACAUCCACAGGGACCAUAGGUGUUUGUGUGCACAUGUGGAUCAAAGACAAUGCUCAGGGUUAAGACAUGCAUACUCACAGGUCCAUGUUUCACACUCACACACACACACACAUUCCCUAGCCCCUUACCCUAACCUUAACUAUUGCAACUAAAUGCCUAACUAAAACCUGAACCCCAAAACCAAGUUGUAACCCCCAAAAAGCCCUUUAAAGUUAUGAGGACCAGACAAAAUGUCCACACUCACUUUUGUUUGAUACAUUAUUUUGUCCUCAUAAAGCUGCACAUACAAGAAUGCACACACAGGAGGACAUUAAAUUGACUGAAAUUAAUUUCCAGGAGACUUACGCUAACGUUAACCAUAACUGCUACUGGCCUUACCCUAACCUUAACCUUGAUCUAACCUCAUCCUAACAUACAAUAUGUCUUCAACCUAAAUUGUAAUAAUUUAUGUUACAGGGACGUGAUUUUUGUCCCCAUAAGGAAGACAAGUCCCCAUAAUGUGAGUAAAAACAGAUUUUAUGCC